AUGGUGUCAUCGUCGACUUUGUUUUCUUGGCGGCAGGCCGCCGUGGCCGCGCUCCUGUUCACCAGCGCCGUCUACGCCGCACACAUUCCCGCGAGACACGCUUCCGGGGUCGCCAAGGCGGCAAAUCGUUUCAGAAGCCCCACGCCCGAGAAUGCCGAAGCGAUAGAGGAGGCCGAAGCGGCGGGCUUCUCUAAGCUCAACGCCACCGCGCUCGUUGUCAACGGUACCGAGAGCGCCGCCCUCAACGGCACACAGGGCGCCGCCGGGAACGGCACCGCCGCCGGGAAGGGCAAGGGCAAGAAGAAGGGCAAAGGCAAAGGCAAGGGCAAGGGCAAGGGCAAAGGCCAAGGCAAAGGCAAGGACGCCGCCGCCCAGGGUGGCGCCACGAACUUGAACGCCGUCAUCGAACAACUCCUCGCAGAAGCCGAAGCCGCACGUGGCAUUGUGGUUUGA